AAGUACCUCUCUCUGGCUGGGCUAGGUCGUUUUCAAGGGCCAUGGCUAUAAGAUGACCAUCCCGCCCUCGGUUGGAGCUUCGUUCUUCUUUCAUAUGCUCCCUUUCUCUCUCCAUUUUUCUUCAUUCCCUUUCCUCCUCUAUCCCAGUCUGAUACAUACCCUGCUGGGUGACGCAUUGCAUAGCGACAAGAGUUGAGUUGCUUAUAACCAGUUUGGUAGAGUCAUUCUGAUAUAUCUACCCUUACCCAUCUCUGGAUAACUCCUAUUUGUCCAACGAAAUAAGCAUUCAUCAUGUCUCUUCCUAAGGAUUUCCUCUGGGGCUUCGCUACUGCGGCCUAUCAGAUUGAGGGUGCUAUCCACGCUGACGGCCGUGGCCCCUCUAUCUGGGAUACUUUCUGCAACAUCCCCGGCAAGAUCGCCGACGGCAGCUCUGGCGUCGUCGCCUGCGACUCUUACAACCGCACCAAGGAGGACAUUGAUCUCCUCAAGUCUCUCGGCGCCACCGCCUACCGCUUCUCCAUCUCCUGGUCUCGUAUCAUCCCCGUCGGUGGCCGCAACGACCCCAUCAACCAGAAGGGCAUCGAUCACUAUGUCAAGUUUGUCGAUGACCUCCUCGAGGCCGGCAUUACGCCCUUCAUCACCCUCUUCCACUGGGAUCUUCCCGAUGGUCUCGACAAGCGCUACGGCGGUCUCCUAAACCGUCAAGAGUUCCCCCUCGACUUUGAGCACUACGCCCGCGUCAUGUUCAAGGCCAUCCCCAAGUGUAAGCACUGGAUCACCUUCAACGAGCCCUGGUGCAGCUCCAUUCUCGGCUACAACUCGGGCUACUUUGCCCCCGGCCACACUUCCGACCGGACCAAGUCGCCCGUUGGUGACAGUGCUCGCGAGCCCUGGAUCGUUGGCCACAACCUCCUCAUCGCCCACGGCCGGGCCGUCAAGGCUUACCGGAAGGACUUCAAGCCCACGCAGGGCGGCGAGAUCGGUAUCACCCUGAACGGCGACGCCACUCUCCCCUGGGAUCCCGAGGACCCCUUGGACGUCGAGGCGUGCGACCGCAAGAUCGAGUUCGCCAUCAGCUGGUUCGCAGACCCCAUCUACUUCGGCAAGUACCCCGACUCGAUGCGCAAGCAGCUCGGCGACCGGCUGCCCGAGUUCACGCCCGAGGAGGUGGCGCUCGUCAAGGGCUCCAACGACUUCUACGGCAUGAACCACUACACGGCCAACUACAUCAAGCACAAGAAGGGCGUACCUCCCGAGGACGACUUCCUCGGCAACCUCGAGACGCUCUUCUACGACAAGAACGGCAACUGCAUCGGCCCCGAGACCCAGUCCUUCUGGCUCCGCCCGCACGCCCAGGGAUUCCGCGACCUGCUCAACUGGCUCAGCAAGCGCUACGGCUACCCCAAGAUCUACGUGACCGAGAACGGCACCAGUCUCAAGGGCGAGAACGACAUGCCGCUCGAGCAGAUCGUCGAGGACGACUUCCGCGUCAAGUACUUCAACGACUACGUCAACGCCAUGGCCAAGGCGCGCAGCGAGGACGGCGUCAACGUCAAGGGAUAUCUCGCCUGGAGCUUGAUGGACAACUUUGAGUGGGCCGAGGGUUAUGAGACGCGGUUCGGCGUUACCUAUGUUGACUAUGAGAACGACCAGAAGAGGUACCCCAAGAAGAGCGCGAAGAGCUUGAAGCCGCUCUUCGACUCGUUGAUCAAGAAGGAUUAAGGGGUAUUUUUGAGGAGGGGAAAGGGCAAGAAGAAAACAUGGGCGGGAUAUCUGUUAUGAAUUUUGUGAUGAAUUGGGCAAGCGUCAGCAAGGGAAAGGGAUUUGCGA